UUUUUCCUCCUGAGGCUACCACGUCUCCCCGCAUCCCUCCCACGCGGCUGGCUCUGCACCACUUCGACAUGAGCUACAGCCUGCAGCUGAAGGACCAGUGGCCCUCCGUCCGCGCCGGCCUGCUCUGCGAGCAGAAGUACGGCGCCCUCCUCAACAACUUCUCUCCUGUCGACCACGUCACCCAAGAGCUGGAGCUGCUGAAUGCCACCGAUUUUGUCUCCGAAGCCCUCAAAAAGGCGCAGGAACCACAGCGGGGUACAGCUGCGGAGGAAACGGGGAGAGGGGAAGGCAGGUCCCGGGAGGGGUCUGGCGAGGGCAGGACAACAAUGCAGGCAAAGACGAUGACACAGGCAGAGAUGUCACCACCGCUUCGCGCCUCCAUCACCUCCAACAUCAAGUGUUACACCUUCCCCAGGGGCGACAUCACUCGCUUUCGCCCUGCACGGCCGGACACUCUGGGUCUCCUCGACUAUUACCUCAUGGAUGCAGCAUCUCUCCUGCCCAUCCUGGCGCUCAACGUGAAGCCCGAUGACACUGUCCUCGACCUCUGUGCGGCUCCGGGUGGCAAGACUCUGGCUCUGCUGCAGACCGGGCUUUGCGGGCAUCUGGCAGCCAAUGACGUCUCCAUUUCCCGGAUAAAGAGGGUGUACCAGAUUCUUCAUAGCUACGUUCCCAAAGAAAUCAGGGAAACCGUGAGCAUCACGUCCUGCGACGGAAGGGACUGGGGGCAGCUGGAAGGUGGCACUUUCCAGAAGGUGGGUGAUUGGGAACCG